AUGACUAUUGAAGAGGAAAAGACAAUGAGACAAGUUCCUUAUGCUUUUGCAGUGAGAAGUCUUAUGUAUACCAUGCUAUGUACUAGGCCAGAUAUUUGUUAUUCAGUUGGCAUAGUCAGCCGAUAUCAAUCAAAUCCAGGACCAAAACAUUGGGAAGCUAUAAAGCAUAUUCUCAAGUAUCUAAGGAGAAUGAGAGAAUAUAUGCUAGUUUAUCGAUGUGAGGAUUUGAUACCUAUUGGUUACAUAGAUUCUGAUUUUCAGUUAAAUCUUGAUUUUAGAAAGUCCACUUUAGGUUGUGUGUUCACCUUGGGAGGUGGAGCCAUAAGUUGGAGUAGUGUUAAGAAAUCUUGUAUUGUCAACUCCACCAUGGAAGCUGAAUAUGUUGUUGCUUGUGAAGUGGCAAAGGAAGCUGUUUGGCUCAAGAAAUUCCUUUCUGAUCUUGGUGUUUUGAGAAUGGAGCAAGUUCCUAUCACAUUGUUCUGUGACAAUAGUGGAGCAGUUUCACACUCCAAGGAUCUAAGAAAUCACAAGAAAGGAAAGCAUAUUGAAAGAAAGUACCACAUCAUUCGAGACAUUGUUGCUAAAGGAGAUGUAGUAGUAGCAAAGAUUGAUAGUGCAAAUAAUCUAGCAGAUCCAUUUACCAAAACCUUGCCCCAAAGGACUUUUGAGUCACAUUUGGAGGGAAUGGGAGUUAGAUUAGUGCACAAUAGUCUUUAG